AUAUAUAUAUAUUUGGCGUAGGAACCGCUUUAAGCGAUUAUAGCCGAAUCCACCAGAGCGCGCCACUCAUUCCUCCUUUUUGCUUUUUGGCGCCAAUUGGAAACACCAAGUGAAGCCAGGUCACUUUGCACUUGGUCUUUCCACCGGAGUGGAGGUCGUCCUCUUCCGCGGCUUCCUCCAGCGGGUACUGCAUCGAAUACUUUCAGAGCUGGAGUGUUUUCUUCCAUCCGUACAACAUGACCUAGCCAGCGUAGCCGCUGUCUUUUUAUUCGCUGAACUAUUUACUAUUAAAAAUUUUUCGCGCUAUUUACUGUUUAAAAAUAUUCCUGUUCCGAGCUCAAUAUCCUAUGCAGGAAGAACAAAAAGCAGCACUAGCUGAUGUCUGCAUUUUCAUAGUGCGAUUUUAUAUUAAGAUUUGGUUCAAAUGCUCCGACGCUACUGCUGCUCCCGUUGACGAUUUAAAUAUAAUAAAAAGUUUAAAAUAUUAUGAAAGCAUUGAUUUUACAACCAGCGAUGCUGCACUGCGAAAAUUGUCUAACCAUUUAUGGUAUUUGACAGAGGAAGCAGCCGCUUUAGCCUUUUUUGAUGACAGACAAUCAGUAGAGACAAAAGUCAAAAUGGUCAGUGCUCUUAAAAAACCUGGCAGAUGCGAUGGAUGCAAAAAACUUAUUUUAAGUUCACAAGACAUGGGACAAUUGUUAGAAGAGACCAUGUAGCAUUUCAUAUCUUCCAACAGUCUCAAAUUGUUUUCAAGGCUGCAGAUAGAUACCAGCUUCUUGGAUUUCAACCCAGAAACAUGGCAGACGAAGGCUUCAUAUAUGGAUGGCAAAAAAAUAAUAAACUCUCUAAAAGUAGUUAACGACACUGCAGAAAGAGCCGUAAAACUAAUGCAAGAUUACCAUGGAUUGCUAACCAAAAAUGAAAGUGAUUGGGGUUAUAUUUUGCAAUGCAUACAAGAACAUAGGAAAAUGUAUCCGAAUUGUUCAAAACAAACUUUUAAAAGUUGGAAAUAAUUAUAGUUUUGUGUAAUGUAUCAUACAUGAGUGACGUGCAAUUAUCAAUACAAUUUUCUAUCGGCCCUAUAAGGCGUGGUCCGAGAGGCGGGAAAUUUUCGUAGAUUCAUUUUCUUAUCAAGUAGCAACUAUU